GGGCGGGGCCAGCCCGCCCUGACCCUGAUAAGGCCACAAGGGCUGUCCUCUGAAGGAAGCUCAAAAAGAAAGCAGGCGAGGAAGCACUCAACCUCUGCAGGUGUGUAGCCUGAGGCCAGGAGUGGCUGGCAGUCUCCUCACCACCCACAGCCCCAGUUCUUGGCAGGCCAGCAGAAGCAGCCACAGCCAUGGCAGGGAUGAAGACAGCCACUGGGGACUACAUCGACUCAUCCUGGGAGCUGCGGGUGUUUGUGGGUGAGGAGGACCCUGAGGCUGAGUCGGUCACCCUCCGAGUCACCGGGGAGUCACACAUUGGCGGUGUGCUCCUGAAGAUCGUGGAGGAGAUCAAUCGAAAGCAGGACUGGUCGGACCAUGCUAUUUGGUGGGAGCAGAAAAGGCAGUGGCUGCUGCAGACACACUGGACGCUGGACAAGUAUGGGAUCCUGGCUGAUGCCCGCCUCUUCUUCGGGCCACAGCACCGGCCGGUCACCCUGAGGCUGCCCAACCGCCGCACACUGUGCCUGCGUGCCAGCUUUUCCAAGCCCCUCUUCAAGGCCGUAGCCGACAUAUGCCGCCUCCUCAGUAUCCGGCACCCUGAGGAGCUGUCUCUGUUGCGGGCUCCUGAGAAGAAGGAGAAGAAGAAGAAAGAGAAGGAGCCAGAGGAAGAGGUGUUUGACCUGACCAAGGUCGUCCUGGCUGGCGGUGUGGCACCAGUGCUCUUCCGGGGGAUGCCGGCGCACUUCUCUGACAGCGAGCACACCGAGGCCUGCUUCCGCAUGCUCAGCCGCCCUGGCCCAUCACCUGACCCCGGGCUGCUGCAGCGCCUACCUCGGCCCGGCUCCCUGGCCGACAAGACACAGCUGCACAGCAGGUGGCUGGACUCAUCUCGGUGCCUCAUGCAGCAGGGUGUCAAAGCUGGGGACAUACUCUGGCUGCGCUUCAAGUACUACAGCUUCUUCGACUUGGAUCCCAAGGCUGACCCCGUGCGGCUGACACAGCUGUAUGAGCAGGCACGCUGGGACCUGCUGCUGGAGGAAAUCGACUGCACUGAGGAGGAGAUGAUGGUGUUCGCCGCCCUGCAGUACCACAUCAACAAGCUGACACAGAGUGGGGAGGCCGGCGAAGUGGCCAGCAUGGACCCGGGGCUGGAUGACCUGGAUGCGGCCCUGAACAACCUGGAAGUGAAGCUUGAGGGCUCGGCGCCCACGGAUGUGUUGGAUAGCCUCACCACCAUCCCAGAGCUCAAGGACCAUCUCCGAAUCUUCCGGCCCCGGAAACUGACCCUGAAAGGCUACCGGCAGCACUGGGUGGUGUUCAAGGAGACCACACUGUCCUACUACAAGAGCCAGGACGAGGCCCCGGGGGACCCUAUUCAGCAGCUCAACCUCAAAGGGUGCGAGGUAGUCCCAGAUGUCAAUGUCUCCAGCCAGAAGUUCUGCAUCAAACUCCUAGUGCCCUCGCCUGAGGGCAUGAGUGAGAUCUACCUGCGGUGCCAGGAUGAGCAGCAGUAUGCCCACUGGAUGGCUGGGUGCCGACUGGCCUCCAAGGGCCGCACCAUGGCAGACAGCAGCUAUACCAGUGAGGUGCAGGCCAUCCUGGCCUUCCUCAGCCUCCAGCGGGCAGGCGGUGGGGGCUCAGGCAACCACACUCAGGGCCCUGAUGCCUCUGGUGAGGGCCUUAACCCCUACGGCCUUGUGGCCCCCCGCUUCCAGCGAAAGUUCAAGGCCAAGCAGCUCACCCCGAGGAUCCUGGAGGCCCACCAGAACGUGGCCCAGCUGUCAUUGACUGAGGGCCAGCUGCGCUUCAUCCAGGCCUGGCAGUCCUUGCCUGAUUUUGGCAUCUCCUACUUCAUGGUCAGGUUCAAGGGCAGCAAGAAAGAUGAAAUCCUGGGUAUUGCCAACAACCGACUGAUCCGAAUCGACUUGGCUGUGGGUGAUGUGGUCAAGACCUGGCGCUUCAGCAACAUGCGCCAGUGGAAUGUCAACUGGGACAUCCGGCAGGUAGCCAUUGAGUUUGAUGAGCACAUCAAUGUGGCCUUUGGCUGUGUGUCUGCCAGCUGUCGAAUCGUGCAUGAGUACAUCGGUGGCUACAUUUUCCUGUCCACUCGGGAGCGGGCCCGUGGGGAGGAGCUGGAUGAGGACCUCUUCUUGCAACUCACAGGUGGCCAUGAAGCCUUCUAAGGGCAGUGUGACUACCCAUGCCCUGCUCACCAUCAGCCACAGCACUGCUGCACCCCCACUCCAGGCAUGCUUUGAGCUGGGCACUUUCACCUCCUGGGCCAGACUCAGCCUUCGUGCAGGCUGGGAGGCGAGAGGUGGGCCUGAGUUCGUACACAGCCCGCUUUCCCUGUCCGCAUGGCCAAGGCCAACACCCUUGACCUAUGUGUGGCACAGCUCCCUGAGCACAUAAGGAAGACCAGAUCUAGGCAAAGGAUGAGAAAUCCUAGUUUCGAACUGGAAUUCUUUUCUUGUUACUUUUUAAAUUUUUUAAAUAAAUAUUUUAUUGUUUGAUCAUC